AAUAUCCACUGACGAGUCACGGACUCACUCACGGCGGCUUAAACACUUUUAAGGCUCGCUCCGUCUAUGUCUCCGCCACUGUCUCUUCUUCUUCGUCUUCUUCCCAAAACCGUCAUUCCCUUUCUCCCCUUCCGUUCUCCCCCACUCACUCGCCGCCUAAGGUCCUUCGUCCCAGCUCGGACCAUGAGCUCUCAAUCAAAUAAUCAACGCGUCUUCCAGCUCAGACAAGACCCUCUCACCGGCACUUCGGAGUGGAUCGUCAUCGACGAGAACGACCAAGCCGGAGCUCCAGUGACUUCAACCGACGGCCUCCUCGCCACGACGUCGUAUCUGGACAUGCUCAACGACACUCGCCGCAACCGAGCUUACCGUCUAGCGAUCGAGAAAACCAUCACCGAGCCUUGCCACGUCCUCGACAUCGGUGCUGGAACGGGGUUGCUAUCUAUGAUGGCUGCGAGAGCGAUGGGAGAUAAAGAAGAGUCUUGUGUGACGGCGUGUGAGUCGUACCUCCCUAUGGUGAAGCUUAUGAGGAAGGUUUUGCAUAAGAACGGGAUGACUAAGAACGUCAACCUCAUUAACAAACGAUCCGAUGAAUUGAAAGUUGGGUCAGACAUUGCUUCACGUGCUGAUGUUCUUGUAAGCGAGAUAUUGGACUCUGAGUUACUUGGUGAAGGUCUCAUCCCAAGUUUACAACAUGCUCAUGACAUGUUACUGGUUGAUAAUCCAAAAAGUGUGCCGUACCGAGCUACUACGUAUUGUCAGGUGGGUGCUGCAGCUUGAUAGUGAAGGAACAAUCUUCUACUCUACUGCUCCCAGAUAUAUAGAGUCAAAUCCUGAGAUAGGUGAUAGGGACUGGUGCGACCAUUGGAAACAGUGUGUUUGGUUUACUCCAGGAGCAGGCGUCUCCAUAUCCAAAGGAGAAAAGGUUCAUUUGCAUGCUUCUCAUACUUGCACUAACAUCUUGUACAAUCUGCAACUCACAUUACCACCCGAAAGAAGUUGCCAUAUAUGGUGACACUGACAGUGUAUAUAGGCUAUCCAUAUUUGAGGCCACACGAAAUACUUUACAGGGAAAAUCUCAUGCAAAAUGUCUCGUCAUUGAUGAUAGUCUUCUCUUACCUCUUAUGGCUCUAAAUAUCUCCAACGGAUCACGGGUAAUAUCUUUGUCACCGGGGCUGCAAGAGAAUGUUGCCACAUAUUUGGAAGCCAUUGCUGAUUCAAAUGACUUCAAAAGAUCGUUUGGAAUAUUUCAGAGAAGGGAAAUCAUUUAGUUCACCUCAAUUAUCACGCACUUUUGUAUUUAUGUCUAAAUCUCUAUACAAGUGUUACUCACAGAUUUGAGACCUAAUUGUAUGAGAAUGAGAAUAUUGAACAAAAAAAGAAAGAGUGAUUAUAUUCCUGUGCUCUUUGCCUCGUCAACGCUGCAAUCUUCUGUGCUGUUAC